CGGCCGGGAGAAGAUGGCGGAUCGCGCCGAGAUGUUCUCGCUCUCCACCUUCCAUUCGCUUUCGCCGCCCGGCUGCAGGCCCCCCCAGGACAUCAGCCUGGAGGAGUUCGACGACGAGGACCUGUCAGAGAUCACGGACGACUGCGGCAUCGGCCUCAACUACGACUCGGACCACUAUGAGAAGGACUGCCUGGUGCUGGAGCGUGGGGAGCAGCCGCACCCCGUCUGCACCUUCCAGGACGACUUCCAGGAGUUUGAGAUGAUCGACGACAACGAGGAGGAGGAGGAGGAGGAAGAGGAGGAGGAGGGCAACGAGCUGGAGGCUCCACCAUCCCCUUCGGCCUCACCCAUCCCCUCGCCCGCCCUCGAAGAGACACAGAAGCACCGUCCCACCACCCUCAACCUGACAGCCCCGGGCACCCAGGACUCCCUGAACAACAACGGCAGCUUCCCGCUGCCCGCUCAGCGCACCAGCUGGCAGGACACCCUUCUCCACUCCUCCUCCUCCUCUUCCUCACACACUGGACACUCAUCUCCCCACGCCUGCAUCCAGGACGGACCCUGCCUGGAGAGCCCGAAGGGGCCGCUCCCCGCCCGGGCCGGGCAGCCCCCUGCCUCGCUGCAGCCCUCCCCCUUGGACUCGCAAGGCAACAGCCACGAGUCCCUGGCACAUGGGCCUUUGGCUGCUCCCGGCCGCCCCGACGCCGGCUCCUCACCACGCGCCCCCGCGGCCGCCGCCGGCCCCCGCGCCCCGCCAAAGCCCCACGCGGCCGGCGCCCGGGAAGGGGGCGGCCGGGGGGCCGGGAGCCCGGGGUCUCCAACAGCCCCCCACCAGCAGCCGGGCUCCCCGCGGCCCCGGCAGGAGUCGGCGGUCGCGGCCGAGCGGUGCGAGGGGCAGGGUGACGGGGCACCAGGCGCCUACGUGCGCCCCGCGGGGCCGGCGGAGCCGCUGAGCUCCGACGGGGAGGGGCCCCGGCCCGGGCGGGCGGCCGGCGUGCGCGGGCACCCCUCGGGCUCCUCGGAGACCACCUCGCCCUCGUCGGACCCCGGCAUCGAGGCCGAUCUCACCAGCAGGACCGCCAAGCCCUUCCUGCCCGGCGGCCGGCACGGCGAAGAGCUCAGCUCGCCCGGCUCCGACUCGGACGUGGAAGGGGAGAUCGAGGCGGCUUUCGCCGGCGGGCGCCUGGUCAGCAACAUGAUCUCGUCCAUCUCGGAGACGGAGCUGGACCUGAGCAGCGACAGCAGCAGCGGCAGGUCCUCGCACCUCACCAACUCCAUCGAGGAGGCCAGCUCGCCCACCUCGGAGGCUGAGCUGGAGACGGAGCUGGAGGCCCCCGGGCUGAUGGGUAUCAAGGACUCCCUGCUGCUGGACAAGGCAAAGGAGGAGGAGGAGGAGGAGAGCCUGGCGAGGGAGCUGCCGGAGCGCGGCGUGCUGAGGCGGGAGAGCCUGGCCGAGCUGAAGAUGGAGAGCUACUACGACAGCCUGAACCCCGCCGACUCCCCCGCGCCCGCAGACCAGACGCACAUCUCCGCCUCCAGCCCCCUGGACCUGAAGAUCGACCCCGACCACAGCCUGGAGAGCAUCCGGCGCUCCUUCUACCUGCCUGUGGGGCCCAAGCUGAUGCCCGAGGCCGACGAGGACGACAACAGCGAGUACGACUCGGACUCGGAGUCGGAGCCCGACCUGAGCGAGGACUCGGACUCGCCCUGGCUGCUCAGCAACCUGGUCAACAAGAUGAUCUCCGAGGGCUCCUACCCCAUCAAGUGCCCGGACGAGUGCUUCCAGCAGACCCACUCGCUCUGCGACACCAUCUCCCCGGCUUCCGACCUGGAGCCCGAGAUGCCGAGCGAGGCGCUGGACGUGGAGCCCGGCUGCCGGGACUCAGCGGCGCGCCCGGGGGACGCGGCCGCCCUGCCGCGCUGCCAGCGCGCCAUCGAGCUGGUGGACAUGGAGACGCUGCGCAGCUCCCUGCAGCGCGCCGAGGACGAGCGGGCGCCAGGCUGCGGCGUGGAGCCGCUGCCGGAGCUGCCCGCCGACGAGCCGGGCCCUUUCCUCUUCCUCAGCAACCCCACCAACGACACCAUCGCCCCCGUCUUCCCGGCCGCCAGGCUGGCUGCCUCCGACGUCCUGGCAGGCUUCGGCUGCCGGCCCGCGCCGCCCCGCGCCUCUCCCUGCGCCGAGGCGCGUGCCGGCGAGCGCCGGGGCGCCACGGGGCCGCGGGACUGGGCCGUCGGCAGGGACCCGGCCUCGGGCGCCUUGGAGGCCGACGACAUGAUCGACGACGUGCGGUUAGAGCCCCAGGGGCAGGGCCCCGCCGCCAGCCCGCCCGCCGGCCGCGGCUCCACCGCCAAGACCAACCGCGGCUUCGCCAUGGCGCGCGGUGAGGAGGACGAGGCGCCGUUCCUGAAGGGCUCCCCCUUCCCCGAGGACCCGCCGGCGCCCGGGGAGCCGCGGGCGCUGGACGAGUCGCUGGCCUACGACUCGGUGAAGUACACGCUGGUGGUGGACGAGCACACGCAGCUGGAGCUGGUGAGUCUGCGGCGCUGCACCUCGGUGCUGAGCGACGACAGCGACCUGCUGCGGGCCUGCGAGCGCUGCGAGCUGGACGACGAGGCGGCGUUCGGGGACGGGCUGGGCGCCCCCGACGCUCACAGCUCCUCCGAGGACUCGUCCCCUGAGGCUGACCUGCAGUUCUCCAAGAAGUUCCUCAAUGUCUUUGUCAACAGCACCUCACGCUCCUCCAGCACGGAGUCCUUCGGGCUGUUCUCCUGCAUGGUGAACGGGGAGGAGCGGGAGCAAACGCACCGCGCCGUGUUCAGGUUCAUCCCUCGCCACGAGGACGAGCUGGAGCUGGAUGUGGACGACCCCAUCCUGGUGGAGCUGGAGGAGGAUGACUAUUGGUACCGGGGCUACAACAUGCGGACAGGGGAGAGGGGCAUCUUCCCCGCCUUCUACGCCCACGAGGUGGUCGGCCAAGCCCGGGAUGCCAUCGGCCUGAAGAGGAACCCGUGCUGGGUGGAGAGGUUCAACGUGCAGUUCCUGGGCUCGGUGGAGGUGCCGUACCACCAAGGCAACGGCAUCCUCUGCGCUGCCAUGCAGAAGAUUGCCACCACCAGGAAGCUGACGGUGCACCUGCGCCCACCGGCCAGCUGCGACCUGGAGAUCACGCUGCAGGGCAUCAAGCUCAUCCUGACCGUCACCGAGUACAGCCAUGACGAGGAGUUCGAGCGCUGCAGCCACUUCUUCCAGAUGAAGAACAUCUCCUUCUGCGGGUGCCACCCCCGCAACAGCUGCUACUUCGGGUUCAUCACCAAGCACCCGGUGCUGAGCCGCUUCGCCUGCCACGUCUUCGUCUCACAGGAGUCCAUGCGGCACGUGGCCGAGUGCGUCGGACGAGCGUUUCAGGAAUAUUACCAGGAGCACCUGGAGUACGCCUGCCCCACAGAGGACAUUUACCUGGAGUAAGGGGGCUCCUGCUUCCACACCCCUCCAGCCCCACAGCCGGGCACAGACUGUGUCUGACCCCACAACCAGCCGGCUUGGAACCCC